ACACUUUCAGUCUCCAGCUAAAAUAGAAAGAUUUUUAUUUAUUUUUAAAUCGAAUAAGCAGAAACUUGAAAAUACUGCAAAUUUCAUUUACAGGCUCAAGAAUUGAUCCACUUCCCUCUAUAUUGCGAGGUCUUAAGGAGAAGAUCUCUCUGUCAUUGCGCUCACUCUUAACACAACUUACUGGAGAGCCUGGUGUUGUGAAGGAAAUCAUCUUGGAAAUGGAGUUGAAAUUGAAAUCCUCCACUGGGGUAGUAUCAGAAUUUGCCAUUACAAAUCGAUUUUACUGCGGAGAAGGCAAAUAUGAAGGGUGUUCUACAUAAAAAAAUGUCUGUAAUUCGAUGUUUGAGGACGAUGACAGUAAUAGUGUUUAAUUGUAAUUGCAGUAGGAUGAAUCACUCUACCCAUUUUUUACGCUACAAUCACACAUUGCCAUCCGAAGAGCAUUUCCAUCUCAAAGCAUUUUGUAGAGAGGGUCGCUUGAAGGAUGCUCGUAAGAUUUUUGAUAACAUGACAGAGAAAGAUGUCUUGUCAUGGAAUUUGAUUAUAGCAACUUACAGAAGACAUGGUUAUCCUCAAGAAGCACUGAAACUUUUUCAACAAAUUCAGCGAACAGGUGUCCAACCGGAUCAUUUCACCUUUACCACCAUACUUCCAACCUGUGCCCAAACGAGGGCCAUGGAAAAGGGUAUGGAAAUCCACCAAAACAUAAUAGAUAGAGGGUUUCUUUGGGAUGUUGUAGUUGUAAAUGCUCUCAUGGACAUGUAUGCAAAAUGUGGAAGGAUGCAUAAGGCACGUGAACUGUUUGACAAAAUGCCUCAACAAGUUCCGGUUUCAUGGAAUACAAUGAUUGCAGGAUAUGCACAAAAUGGUGCUCUCGAUGAGGCUUUACAGAUUUUGAAAAGAAUGCCUCAACCUAAUGUGAUUUCAUGGACCGCGAUGAUUGCAGGAUAUGCACAAAAUGGGAUUGCUGAGAAAGCCUUGGAGAUUUUUUACCAAAUGCAAUUAGCAGGUGUAAAACAAAAUUCCACAACAUUUGUCAGUAUCAUUCCAGCAUGUGCUAAAUUGGGAGCUGUCAAACAGGGUAAGGAAAUCCAUCGAAGCACAAUGGAAAGUGGACUUUCGUCAAAUGUUGUGAUUGCCAGUGCCUUGAUGGAUAUGUACGCAAAAUGUGGAAGCGUACAUAAGGCUCAGAAACUAUUUGACAAAAUGCCUCAAAGAGAUGUCGUCUCGUGGACUUCGAUGAUCGCAGGAUAUACACAAAAUGGGUUUGUUGAACAAGCCCUAGAGACUUUUAAGCAAAUGCAAUUGGUAGGUGUAAGGCCAAACUCCACAACCUAUGCCAGCAUCCUCCCAGCCUGUGCCAAAAUGGGAGCUUUGGAACCAGGCAUGGGUAUCCAUCAAACCAUCAUAGAAAGCGGAUUCUCGACAGACCUUGUAGUUGUGAAUGCCCUGAUAGACAUGUAUGCAAAAUGUGGAAGCAUAUCAAAGGCACAUGAACUAUUUGACAAUAUGCCUCAAAGAAAUGUGGUCUCAUGGGCUGCAAUCAUUGCUGUAUAUACACAAAAUGGGCUUGUUGAAAAAUCUUUGGAGACCUUUAAACAGAUGCAAUUAUCAGGUGUAAAGCCAAGCUCUGCAACCUUUGCCAGCAUUCUCACCGCCUGUGCCAAAAUGGGAGCAUUGGAAGGGGGUAUGGAAAUCCAUAAAAGUAUAAUUGAUAGUGGAUUUUUGUCAGAUGUUGUAGUUGCAAAUGCUCUGAUAGACAUGUAUGGAAAAUGUGGAAGCAUACCUAAGGCAUGGAAACUCUUCAGCAAAAUGUCGGAAAGAAGUGUGGUGUCUUGGACAGCAAUGAUUGCAGGAUAUGCACAAAAUGGUUUUCUCGAGGAAGCUUCAAGAAUUUUCCAGGAAAUGCCUGAACGAAAUGUGAUCUCAUGGACUACGAUGAUUGCAGGGUAUGCACGAAAUGGGCUUGUUGAAAAGGCCUUGGAAACCUAUCAGGAAAUGCAAUUGGCAGAUGUAAAGCCGAACUUGACAACCUUUACAAUCAUCCUUUCAGCGAGUGCCAGAAUGGGAGCUUUGGAGGAGGGUAUGGACAUCCACCGAAGCGUAAUUGAAAGUGGACUUUGUUCAAAUGCUGUGGUUGUCAGCGCCCUGAUAGACAUGUAUGCAAAAUGUGGGAGCAUACAGAAGGCACGGGGGCUAUUCAACAAAAUGCUUCAACGAGACGUGGUCCUAUGGACUGCAAUGAUAGCAGGAUAUGCAAUGCAUGGCUAUGGCAAGGAUGCCCUUAAACUCUUUGAACUAAUGAAGCACUCUGGAACAUAUCCAGACCAAGUAAGCUUUGUGUGUGUCUUAUUUGCAUGCAGCCAUGCAGGCUUAGUGGAUGAAGGCUGUAAAUACUUCAGUUGCAUGAGGGACUUUUAUUGCAUUACACCUAAAUUGGAGCAUUAUGUAUGUGUAGUUGACAUCCUUGCUCGUGCAGGCUAUCUUGAGGAAGCUCUAAUCUUUAUCAUUAAAAUGCCAAUCAAACCUGCAAUUGUUGUGUGGAUGUGUUUACUUAGCGCUUGUAGAUCACCUAUGAAUACAAGAUUAGGUGCAUUUACAGCAAAUCUCCUUUUUGAGCUGGACCCUAAGAAUGCCGCAUCUUAUGUUCUUCUGUCAGACAUUUAUGCAGAAGUGGGUAGGUGGGGGGAUGCUCAAAAGGUAAGGAGAUUGAUGAAAGAUAAAGAAAUAAGAAAGACACCUGGAUGCAGUUGGAUUGAAGUCCAUAAAAGAGUUCAUGCUUUUUGUGUAGGAGACAGAUCACACCCACAAACACAGGAGAUCUAUGCAAUGUUGGAGAAACUGUCUUAUGAGAUGAAGGCAGCAGGGUAUGCUCCAAAUUCAAGACUUGCACUGAAUGACGUGGAAAAGGAGGAAAAAGAAUUAUUCCUCAAUCAUCAUAGUGAGAAGUUGGCAAUUGCAUUUGGGUUGUUAAACACGUCCCCUGGAACGACGGUUAGAGUUGUCAAGAAUCUUCGAGUAUGUGUUGAGUGCCACACUGCAACCAAAUUUAUCUCCAAGAUAGUUGCAAGAAAAAUUGUUGUGAGAGAUGCGAACCGUUUCCAUCAUUUCAAUCAAGGAGAAUGUUCUUGUGGAGAUUAUUGGUGAUGCUAAAUGAAGCAAGUUGCAUAUAAUAUCAUACUUGCAGUGACAAGAAGGAAUCAGAUUUUACUUGCACCGUAACAAGGUGUAUAGUAUCAUACUUACAGCGAUAAGAAGGAAUCAGAUUUUAUUUUUCAGUUUAUAAGAAGUGUUUUCCUUAAAAGCUUUGAGAGGUACACCAUGCUGUUAAAUUCAUAAUGUAAAGUAUCCAUCAUUGGCUACAUUUAUUGUUGGGAUAAGUGUCAAUCCCUCUAUUUUAUCGUCAUGGAGAUGUUUGGACAUGGCACCAAUUUCCACGAAGCCUGUACUUGUCUGAAGAAUAACGCUGGAGAAAUAGGAAAAUCAAAAGGAAAUGAGCACUUGAAGGAAAUGAAAAGCUGCAAGGCCAAAUGGAAUGUAAGAAAAAGGUUCAUAAUCAGUGCAAUUCUUUGAGACAAAUGAAGAGAAUGUAGCUUGAUAAUUCUUUACUGCAACAUUUGUAAUUUUAUAUGGUCCUUUAUUUGGAUUAAUUGUAUCAUCUUGGGCCAAUGGCAGAGAAUUUAGUUGUGGAUUUUAUAAGGGUCCACUUCUAAUUAAAAAGGUUUUUCUUAACAUCAUCAGUGUAAUAAUCAAAGAUCAUUUUUGAUCAAUAAA